AUGGACUACGCCGUGUAUCAGCACAGUGUGCAGCAUAUUGUUCUGGACAAUCUCCAGUUCAUGCUCAGCAGUGUUGCAGGCACAAGGGGUAAGGCUGAUAAGUUUGAUUUGCAGGAUAGCGCCAUCAGUGAGUUCCGGCGGUUUGCGACAGAAAAGAAUGUUCACGUCACUCUGGUCGUUCACCCGCGGAAAGAGAG